UUGCGUGUAACUACUACGUUAAUAGAUUAAUUGGAAUGCAUCGCAACCGGUAGAUUGCCUGGUCAAAAUGUAUCGACAGUUGUCGAAAUCUUAGGAUGAAGAACACGGCUCUGACAGUACUUUUUUACUCGUGUCUCAAACUAUUUGCGGAAGUGCGUUCUAAUACGAGAAAUCAGGCCUCCAUCGAAACAAGGUCUGCCAGUGAUAGUGGACUUUAAUAUCUUUGUAGCCGAUAUCAAUUCGAUAAAUGUGGAGGAUAUGGACUUUCGAGUGGACAUGUUUGUUCGUCAAAGUUGGAUCGAGUCUCGACUAGAUAUGCCAGAGAACAUCUUCGAGGAAGGCGACGAUUAUGUCACGCUACCUCCCGAAUUCUUCGACAGUUUAUGGCAGCCAGAUCCAUACUUUUUGAACGCAAAAGUCUCGGAAAUUGCGGCGUUAAAUCACAAAUUCUCCUCCGUUACGUUGUACAGAAACAAAACGGUGAAAUAUUCGGCACGGAUGCAUGCCAUUAUCGCUUGUCAAAUGGAAUUUCAACUCUACCCAAUGGACAUUCAAAUAUGCCCAAUCUACAUAGAGAGUUGUAAAUUACUGCAGACUCUAAUAGAUUACUCUUACUCUUGUAACCGUAACGUUCCGCAAGUCACCGAUUAUCAUCCAUUUUUACCCGUCGAUCGCAAACUCGACAGCAGAUUCACGGCAUUAACUUGGAAAACUGCUAUACUCGCGAUACAAUGGGGAGUGGGUGCAGUGACGGUGAAUCCAGAGCUAAAGCUUCUACAAUACGACAUCGGGAAGCCGAUGGUUGCCGCAGAGACAGUCGACUAUAUGGUGGAGAAAAGUGGGAAUUUUUCACGACUGGUGGUGUUCUUCCGAUUCGAAAGACAGAUUGGUCAUCACCUGAUACAGACCUUUGCACCGUCCACGUUGGUAGUCAUGCUGUCUUGGUUUAGCUUCUGGUUGGGAUUAGACGCGAUACCUGGUCGCGUAGCUCUUUUAGUAACCAGUAUGCUAACUUUGGUUACUAUGUUUACUGGUCUAAAAAGCGAUAUUCCACCGGUCGCUUACGUGAAAGCAUUAGAUGUUUGGAUGGCAGGCUGUAUGAUGUUUGUGUUCGCUGCUCUUGGUGAAUUCGUCGUGGUAAAAGUACUCGACUUGCGGUAUCAGUUGGAGUAUGAUUUCCAGUCGUCAAUAUUCCGACAUCACUCAACACGUGUAAUUGCCAUGGAAAAGGGUCAAAGCAUCUGGGAUUAUGACUCAACGUAUGUACCAAAGACGAGAAAUAAAAGAGCUGGUAGCAAGCAUCUUUUACAAAAUGCGUGGUUAGAUCCUGAAUAUCCGAUAAUACGUGUGUACAAAACACGAUCGCAAAAAAUUGACACUUACAGUAGAGUAGGUUUCCCUAUACUAUUUAUGCUGUUCAUCGUUUUAUAUUGGCCGAUACUUUUGCUCAAGAAAGCGGCAUAA